ACGGCAUGUUCGGCAAAUCAGUGUGGAGGAACGGGACCUAGUGGGCGGAGUCUGACUUCCAAAGGGAGCGGUCCGCCAAAUUCAAACACAGCCACUUGAAACAAAGUAAAGGAUAGUUGGACUUCAUCAGGCUCUGCGAUUUGGGAAAAUAACGAUCUCAUGAUGACGUCCACUAUUGUGAGCGGGGUCUGGAGGUCACAUUCUGUCCUCGAUGAGUCAGAGCCUGACAGCUCACCCGAAGCAGUGCAGCAGUUUAAGAAGAUGCGGUCCUCCAGCUCGCUAAACUCACUGAGAAUGUCUCUGCGCAAGCGGCUGCCCUUGAAACCAGUGCAGUCCAACGUCAACAUCUCUGAGAACCCCACCUGGGAGUCACUACAGAUGAACCAAAAGGCCAGUGUUGUCCGCAAAAUGACCCGGAGUGCAAAAAACUCCAUUGGAAACGUCUGUCAGAAAUUUCAAAGGAGCAGACAGCCACGUCAGGAGUUUCUGGUCAUGACACCAGGUAGAACGUCAGAUGGAGAGGAAUGUGAUUGCAUUGGGACAUCACAAACCCCAAAACGAUCUGCCGCCCGUACUACCAUCACCCCCAGGCGAACUCCAAGGUCAACCAGCAAGCGGACUCCUCGAGGGGCCUGUACCCCAGAUGCCAGUGACUCUGCUGUUAGGACAGUGAAGACCAGGGGCACCAGGAGGCAGCUGGUGCGAAUGGCUGCACUCAGAAGCCCUUUUGCAUCACCCAACACAAUGAACAGCAGGAGGCAGUUUGAUGAGGAUAUGGAUUGUGUGUCCAAAGGCCUCCGGAGGUUAAAGCGUCUCUCUCAAGCCUUUGAUGAUGCGAUUGGGAAAGAUGAUCGGGUUCAGGCCUUGGAGCACUACAAAGCGGUCAUGAGCAAGGGCUACAGCUCCACCAAGAUCAACAUUUCCAGAGGACUGAACAGGACUUCCAUCCGAAAACAGACGCAGCACGUACAGCAGACCAUAAGCAGCUGGACUGAUGUGGCCAUGUCUAACAUCCGCAAAGCCACUUAAAAGAGGCAACUGUUUUCCUUAUGUUAUCAAACCUGUAUGUUGUCUUGUGUUUCUCAGUAUAUGCCAGAAGAGGCCUUAUUGGGAGUCCAGUAUUUAGAAGGGACACUUUUCUUAUCUGUCUGUAGCUUUUAAGUGUUUAAAGGGCAACUGAAUAUACUGUAUCACUAUAUGGGAACAUUUGCAUUUAUAGCUGCUGAUUUUCAGAUUCACGUGCAUGAUUUCAAUUCAUGGCUCAACGUGCUUGACAUACUGAAGCAUUUAGUAAUGUAAAACAAUUUCUGCUGUGAAAAGCCACCAAAAGAUGUGAAUACUAAAUGUAAGCAUAUUAAAAUGUGUGGAGAGGUCAAGGAAUUAGGAAAAAAAUGCUAAAUGUUAUUCACCAAAGACGAACCAUAUUCAGGGUUGUUGUUUUUUUUUUUUUGUUUGUUUGUUUGUUUGUUUGUUUUUUACAAAAAUAUCCAAUAUCACUACCUAACGCUAAACUGACAUGGUUAUAUACUGUCUUGACUGUGGGAGAUGUUACUAACAUAACUAUGUUUACUAACUGUUUUAACCUAUUUAGCUGAAGUUGAUUAACAGUAUUUUACUACUUUGGUACUUAACUGAGUGUAUUGCAAGGCAUUGGUAUUUGAAAAUGCAAAGUAUGCAAUAAUUUUACUAUUUCAUCAAAGCAAAUAUCUUGCUAUUGUCGAUAUUAUGAAAGACGGCAUUAUCACAAAUUGUACUCACAAUAUAGUGAUCAAUAUGUAAACAUUACCAAAGGAGAAAAAGAGAAUUCAAGUGUGAUAAUAAAUUGUUUGAGUUUGUUUCAAAGUUGAAAUGUUUACAGUUGUAUUACUGCAUUAUGAUUUGUUUAAAAAAGGAUAUAAACAGCAGAUUUGUUUGCUUUUUUUGUAUUUAAUAAAAAAACUUUUCCAUAAUUAA